AUGUCAAUGACAUCAUCCACAAUUUAUCCGACACCAGCCACGACAACACCUGACAUUGACUUUCAGGCAUACGAUGAUAUGACGUCUUUCAAGUCUGUUCCCACUGUCGGUUUCUGGUUCAUCAUUCGAGACCGACUCUCAGGGGGAUACCUAUCGGUCAUCAACGGCAAGCCUCUCCUGCAAAAGACACCCCAUCAUUGGGGAGGCUAUCGAUGGUGUUGUACGGAACUGAAUGGUUGGGUUGGAUUAUACGAAUGGACCUCAGGACGUUUUAUUGGACGUGAUGGCAACGAUAAGGUUGUUGCUAGAGCCCCAAAACAGGGGCACGAGCAGCAUAUUGCAGUCUCACAUCAAGCAGGCGGGGGUUAUCAUAUCUCCAUCUUUCAUACAGCCAACAAGUAUCCGCUACCGCAAAUCUACGAGCUACUUCCGUUGAAAGUUGAAGAGGAUGCGUACCUCUUGGUACUAGGUUCAAAGGGACGGACAGUACUGUGGGAGUUUGGGCAGAUCGAACCUCCACCGCAAUGA